AUGGAGUACGUCGGAAGGAAGGUGAAGAAGGAGUUCCUCGGCCGCGCCGCCUGCUUUGGCGCGGUGGAGGCCUAUUCUCCCGCCACCGGUCUGUUUAAAGUCGUCUACGAAGGUGGCGAUUCCGAGGAGAUGGAGCUGGCGGAGGUUUCGUCGCUUCUCCUCGCGCCGCCGUCGAGUUUGGGCGUGAAGGCCGGGGAGGGAGGCAGCAUUGGCCAAAGAGGCGCGUUUGAAGGAAAUCCAGAAAUCUCCAGCGGCGUUCCGCGUGAUUCCGGCAGGAAUUCUGCGGAAUUCGAUUUGAAUAUAUGUGGAGAGAUUGAUUUGAACGAAGACGGUGGCGAUCGUCGCGAGGGUGGCGGUUUGGGCGGAUUGCAUGGUCUGGAUUUGAAUGAAGGAGUGAACUACAUUCUUCAUGAUGAGUUCGAUUGCAACCAAGAGGAAACUGAUCCGGUGCCAACAGUAAGAAUGUUUGAUUUGAAUUUAGAACUUGACGAAGAGGCUGAGGAAAUCAGCAGCACGAAAUCAGUGAGAUCGUUCGAUUUGAAUGUCGAACUGAAGGAGGAUCAAUCCGAGGGGCAGCAUAGCCAGCCGGCUAUGGAGAUCGAUGACAAAGGGAAGGCCGCCAUUGAUGAUGAAGACGACUGCACAAUUGUAGCUCAUAACCCUCCUAGAGUUGUCACGGCUCUACCUCCACCUCCACCUCCACCAUACUACGGCGGAGGCGGAGGCGGAGGCAGCGGAUGGUGGAACAACAGAACAGCCUUAGAUAUGGAAUUGAUGAGGAGACACAUUCUCAUGGCCUCCUUUCCUGCUCAAAACUAUGCAUUCUUUUCAGCUGCAGGUGUACACCGCCAUCUCUUGCCAUUUCCACCACAACCUCUUCCGCCAAGGGCGGACCUGCCGCCAUCUCCACCACCACCUCUUCCACCAAAGGCAGACCUGCCGCCUUCCUCCACCAGUUUGGAUCUCGGCGGAGCUUCUUUGUUGGAAUUUCUCUCCGUUUAUGCAUUUCUGAGAUCGUUUAGUGUUUUACUUCUUAUAAGCCCCUUUGAAAUAGACGAGUUCGCCGCCUCUCUCGUGAGCAGCGACUCCACGCCGUUGUUCGACACGAUCCAUCUAUCGCUCUUGACAACGCUAAGGCGACAUCUCAAGUCUCUCUCCGAUGAGGGCAGUGAGUCUGCAUCUCUUUGUCUAAGGUCUCUCAACUGGGAUUUCCUGGACUUGAUAACGUGGCCCGUGUUCCUGAUCGAGUAUCUGUUAUUCCAUAGCCCAAAAUACCUCCCAGGUGUGGAUCUGAGUGAGUUUGAGCCGUUACAGAGUGAGUACUACACAAUGCCGGCAUCAGCAAAAGUGAAGAUACUGCAGCAUCUGUGUGAUGAUGUGGUUGAAUCAGAGGCGUACAGGGCGGAGGUGAGCAGGAGGGGGUUGAUGGCGGAGAGGCAGAGCUGGAACUCGAGAUACUUCAGCUGUAAAGGGAAGAAGAAGGUUGUAGGGGAUGUUGGUAGUAGUAGUAUGGCAGAGGAGUGUAUGAACGAAUUUGUGGACGAUGGCAAUGGUGAUGAGUGCUAUCUGUGUAAGACUGAUGGCAACUUGAUAUGCUGCGAUGGCUGCCCUGCAGCCUUCCAUGCUAAAUGUGUCGGGGUCUCGAGCAGCCUCUUGCCUGAGGGUCAGUGGUGCUGCCCCGAGUGUGUAAUUGACGCUGACAAACCUUACAAACUCACCAGGUCUAUUCGAGGAGUAGAGCUGCUCGGGACUGAUCCUCAUGCUCGACACUACUACACCUGCUGUCAUUACCUGUUGGUGGUGGACUCGUGUGAUGAUGAAUACUCAAUUUUGUUGUACAAGGGAAACGAUAUAGCAGGCGUUAUUGCAGAACUAGAGGCUUCAUCCAAUCUCUACUACAAAAUAGUAAGUGCUAUCCGCAAGCACUGGAAUUUAACUCGACAGUUUGCUUGUCCUGAGCAAAGGUUGAGACCAUCAGAAACUAAUCAGGAUGCUGAAAGAAAAGGAGAGGGAGGCACGGAGGCGAAGGAUACCAUAAUGGAAGGCUGCUCAGAUGAUCCAAUCGAGAGAAGUGGACAAGGAAGGGAUCAAACAAGUGCUAAUUAUGAUGGUGGUGCAUCAUCAUCCUCCAGUUCCAGAACAAAUUAUGUGAACUGGUACGAAUUUGCUCGUAUGGCAUCAUCGUGUUCGAAAGAGAUGGCUUCAAAAGGGUGUGCUGAAGAGGCAGGAGGAGAGCUGAGCAUUGCAAAGCAGAUGAGGGUUAUAUCAAACAAGUAUGCAGCGUUUUGUUGGUCAAACAUGCGAAAUCUGAGUUUGAACGACGCGAGGAAGGAGAAAUGUGGGUGGUGCCUCACCUGCAAAGUUGCUGAAUACCAAAGGGACUGUUUAUUCAUCAUCAGUGAUAGUGUUCGAGCAACUCAAGAUUUCACCACUGAAGCUUUAGGUAUUCAGCCAAUAGAUAAUAGGAAGAACCAUCUUGUUGAUGUCAUAUGCCAUGUUAUGUGGAUCGAGGAUCGCCUGCUCGGCCUCUUAUCGGGUCCCUGGUCGAACCCACGUUAUUCCCAGACUUGGCGUAGAUAUGCUAUGGAGGCUCCUCAUAUUGGAUACGUCAAGAUUUUGCUCCUUCAGGUUGAGUCGAAUCUACCUCGAGUGGCACUCUCUGGAGAGUGGACAAAGAGUGUGGAUUCAAGUGCGACAAUGGGUUCUGCUUACCACAUGGUGAGAAAGUGCAGUAAGCUGCGAGCGCCUCCAAAAUGUGAAGGCAAACGCAAGUGUGCAAAGCAGGACAUCUCUCAGACUCCCAAAGACGCUCAAGGGGUGAGUUUGUCAUGGUGGAGGGGCGGAAGGUUCUCACGCCACCUCUUCAACUGGAAGGCCUUGCCUCGCUCUCUCGCUUCCAAAGCUGCUCGACAAGCUGGUCGCAACAAGAUUCAAGGUAUUUCAUACCCUGAUAGCGGAGACUACGCCAAGAGGACCAAGUGUAUUGCUUGGAAGGCCGCUGUCCACGCCUUGAAAACAGUCGAGCAGCUCGCUCUUCAGGUUAGGCAACUUGAUGCAAACAUCAAGUGGAACGCCAUCGGGAACAUAAAUCUACUGCCCGAGAAGGAAGGGAAGAAGCCUGUCAAGUCGUUCAAACAUGCUGUGAUCUGUAAGAAGAGAAGGCACGAGGCCAAAUAUCUUAUAGAUUUUGGCAGGACAAAGUUGAUCCCUGACGUGGUUGUGCGACAUGGAUCCCUUGUGGAAGAUCCGUCAAGCAGGCGGAAGAGGAAGAGAUAUUGGGUGGGAGAGUCGCACGUGCCACUGCAUCUUCUCAAGGCGUAUGGGGAGAAACGCCUUGCUCGUGCUUCCAACAACGAUGAGGCGCCAGGGCUUCAAGAGGAAACCAUGGAGCCACCUGAAAGGAAGAAGGGGUUUGAUUACCUCUUCGAACGAGCUGAGCUGAGCUGAGCUGAGAGAUUAGACUAUCUCAGUAGGUGUAUAUAUUAGUUAGUUAGGCCAUUCUUUUUUACUACACACUAAUUUUCAUUUAUUUUUCUUAUAACCA